ACGCUCUUCUCUUUUCAGACACGGAAAUAUAAUGCCGUAGACCAAAGGGUGUGCAAACGUGUAUUCGGAUAGCUAGGACUUGAUGACUUGAAGCUCUAUGCUACACCUGGCAGAAGUUGUCGCCAGAAUAAUUACACCAGAAGAAAAACAAUGUCGGAUAGGAAGGUUUAAAGGGACGGUUGCUGGAAGUUAACAAAGCUCUCGUGAAUAGAAUUCCGUUUUUUUGUUUGGGUUUAUAUCUGGUGAAGAUGGCAGUCUUAAAUUAUAAUGUCAGGAUGUACAUUGAACCUGUUGUGUUGUGCGCACAGGUGGCCAGUUCAUUUUACGACACCGGUCUGCAGUCGGUUGUCAAAGAACGAUACGAAAAUAAUCCGAAUUUCAACGACACUGGCAGUCAACAGAAGGCUAUUUCAAACUUCUACAUGAUUUACACUAUGGUGGGAAAAUUCGUUCCAAUUAUACCUGCUAUUAUUUUAGCCAAAUGUGGAGACAGGGGGUACAGAAAGUUACCCAUAGUUGUUCCUUUGAUCGGUUACUUCAUCGCCAGGAUGUUUCUUGUUUUCGUAAUCGUGUUCAAUUGGCCUCUUGAAGUUAUGUAUGGGGGAGCGGUGGUUCACGGCUUGUGUGGCGGUUUCUCCUCGUACUGGGCUGGUGUGAUUGCUCUGGUAUCCCUAAGCACGUCUGAGGAGGAAAGGUCCCCGCGCAUAAUGCGAAUGGAGCUAGUCUAUGGUUUAGCGGGGCUCGUCGGGAGUCUGGCGUCCGGUCAUCUUUUCCAGCUGUACACGGUCAAGCUAAAAUGUGGUGUAAUUUUGGUUGGACUAAGUGUGGCGCUUUAUGUCUUCUGCCUUUUAUAUUCAACAUUCGUGCUUCAGAUUGCUUGCUCAAGUGGAACCAGCCAGCGCCGUGAAAGUGUAGGCAUAUUGGAACGAAGUUAUAGAAACACCACUAACAUUGCGCUCCUGUUUGCUGGAGCGAUCUUAUAUGACGUUGCGGUCGGGGGAGGCAUGGAAAUCUUGGUGUCGUAUGUAAUGAAAGAGCCGCUUAACUGGGACGCAAAGCAGAUAGGGUACGGCAACGCUGCAGGAUUUGUGAUCUUCAUUACAAGUUUUUUGGGAGUGAAAUUGUUUUCCAGAUGCUUUAGCGAUGCGUCCUUGAUUAUGAUCGGGAUGGUGUCGUUCUGUUCCGGGAUUUACUUCAUGGCCUUCGUGACCUCGACGUAUAUGUUCUAUUUGGCACGGUGCCUCACGUUGUUUGCACUGAUUCCCAUGCCAACGAUACGCUCUCUACUAUCUAAGCAGGUGGAAGGGUCCUCGUAUGGUGUAACCCUGAUUGCGCUUCAGCUUUCCUUCAAACUGAUCAGUCUGGCUUACACCCCCAUCUACACCAAAGUGUACCAGGCCACUCUCGACGUCUUCCCUGGGUUUGUCUUCACCUUGUCCAGCAUCAUUACGUUUGUGGCCAUGGUUCCGAUAUGCAUUGUUGGAUGCAGAACUGCACAUAGGGCCUAUGAAAGGAUUGAAGGAAAUUAAGGAAGGACUAAGACACUCUCCUCGUUCAUCAAUGUGAAUGCAUGUGAAGUCAGGAACAUAUUUCACUUCUAAGGACCUAAAAGGGAGAGAUUGAAUUAAUAGUAAACAACAGUUGACUACUUUCAAAUUGUUUGCAUAUGUGUGUAUACUGUAAAUAUUUGUUUAUGUUCUCAAUGCAUUUUUUAUUUUCUGUGUUGCCACUGCCAGUGACAGUGUAUGUGUUGUUGAAUAGUUUACUUUGUGUAAAUAAUGCAUGUAAAUAUUACUGCAAGAUGUACAACAUUUCACAGCUGUUUUAAAUGUUGUAUUUUCCAUUGUAUUGGGGGUGCCUGGAAUGCCAUCUGGGUUCACAUACCAUAUGUCUUACAAAAGUGACUGGGGGCUUUAUUUUACUCAGAAAGCAUAUGCAUACAACACAGAGAUACUAUUUUACACACUUUGAUAGGGAGAGUCAGCUUGCAUAUUGGUAUUGUUGAAUUUAAGUCAAAGUGGUACAAAAUGUAUGUAAUGCUUAAGUAAAAUGCACAUUAUACAGACCGACCAAAAAUUUUACUCACUGCCCGCAUGAUCUGAGACCCAGUUUUUAAUUGAAUCCUGGCUUUUGAUUAUAGGACAAAUAUCCAGCAUUGUCAUGAAAGUUUUUCCAUUUCUUGUUGUCAAUAGUGAUAUAUAGUGAUAUUUAUUAUCUGACAGGAGCAAAAAUGCAAAUAUAUGAAUUGUUUCUAUUUAAUGUUUUGAUAAAGAUGAUAUCAAGGUCACAUACCUAUAACAUGUAUUGGCCACUUACUGACCUUGCCCUAAAUUUUAACGCCAUUGCCUGAGGAUUUAUUUUUGUACAGGCAACUUUAAUGGGCAUGAUACUCAAAGGUGGCAUUAUUACCUAGAUAGCACCCGGACUGUGAUUGCAUGGAGUUAGACUCAGGACUAGCUGUGGGAAAUAGAGAUGAGUAGCCUGGGUGAACCAGACAAGCCUGCAGACUGGUCUGGAAAGGAGCCCAUCGACAUCCGUUUCCAAAUCACCAAAAACCCAGGAACGUAUAUUGUCUUUGGAACUGAGUAAACACCUGCAUUUAAAACCCUUGUUUACAAGAAUGUGUGUUUGCUGCACAUUUAAUGUAGUAAGAGUUUAAUGCAGCAAUGUUAGUGUAAUCACUGCUGGUUACACACAUAAGUUGUAAAACGGGUAGUUCAGAAAACGGGUGUCAAUGGGCUCCUUUCCAGAGGGAACUGCAGAGCAAUUCAAAUGAGCUAACAGGUUUGUCUAGGUCAUGGAGGUAUUAUAUAUAACUGGAGAGAGUGACUAAGUCCCGCCCUCCAUACAAAUGAAUGGUGGAGGCUAGGCUAGUAAAUCCGGCCAAUUCAUAGUCAACGCCAUCUUGAACACUGGGGUUCGGAUCCAGCGCCAGUCGGCUCUGACCAUGCGCCAAGUUACAAAGCUG